CUGAAUAGGUGUCGUGAGAUCAUCUUAAUUAUCUCCCCACCGUUUAUAUUUAUAUUUUUACUUCUAAUAUCUGUUUUCACCUGCGUAAACACCAAGACCUCCAUAGAAUUACAUUAUGGGGCGCGACGUACUUCCUCUCUCUUUGAUAUAGUCACUGCUAGACAAAGCUACAUGUUGAUAAGUAGUAUGCGUAUUCUGGCCGGAGCUAGCCAGUUACCUGGAAAGAAUUUCUCUGGUGGUGGUCUUGGCGCUGUUGGCAGCGGUGGCGGAGGAGUUGGCACUUCGAAAAAAUUCAUCGACGGAAUCCAAAGACCAAACGAUCGAAUUCACGGCUUUCCAACUGUUGCUAUCUACAAAGGCAAUCGAGUGGCCCUUAAGCCCUUUAAGCAACUCGCUCUUCAAAAGACAACACAACUCCAAGCAGAGGUUAAACAAGUUCUCAUGUUUGAUCCGUCUCGAAUAGUCCAUCCUAAUCAAACCUUUACUGCCGGACAAUAUCUUGAUUCUCUUCAGUCAGAGCCUUUUACUUUCUCAGAUUUAACUUGCAUUCUUGAAAAUACAAUUCAACCUAUACCAUGA